AUGAGCGUAGGGCAGCAAAUUUCCUCGUCUCUCAAUAUGAUUUCCAAACGGGACGAAACUCCAGAUCUGGUUGAACUGCCGUCAAGUAUUUUUCCGGUUGCAUGGGAAUUUGUCGAAGGGAACGGUUGGCUUUUGGGUGCACUUUACACCACUGGUUACGUCAUGGCAGCUGUCGCAGGAAGUGACCAAGGGGAGCGCUGGGACGACGCUCGAAAUAAGGGAAGGGGGUGGUUGAUUGCAGCAACAGCUCUCUACUCAGCGGGACUUUACGACAAGGUUUCUCAGGCUGUACAGGACCCAAGGUUUACUUUGCAAGAUCUUGACUUCUCCAAUGAGCAGCUUCAACAAUACGCACAUAGUAUAUUCAGUAUGCUCAAACGGUGCAAGCUAAAUAAUGCCGAGUGCAACGCCCAGAGUUUUGAAUCGGUAAGAACAAAGCACGGAAUGUGUUUUCAGCUGCGAAUUCCGAGGCAAAAACAAACUCAUCUCGAGAUGAUUUUAGACCCCGAGGAGAGUGAAUAUGUUCUUCCAAACGACGGGUUUACGGGCUUUUUGAUCGCCCUCAACUGUUCCACCAGCGAUCAGAGCGAGUUCUUCAUUGGCAGCGGAUUUCACAACAUGAUUCGCAUUUCAUCUGCGGCUCCUCAUAACGGCGUGGCAUGUGACAGCGAAGGUUCACAACUGCAAGUGGACUCGAUUACUCAAACCGUGAGGUCAGCGCUCUAUCAAAGCUUCUUCCCGCGGGAUGACUCGGGGCAUUCAACGGCGGAUGCAGAAAGGGAGGCACUAAGUCGGCUAAUACAACAGCGCGCCUUUCUGCGAUAUAUGAAUCGAACGGCUUUUGAAAAGGUAGUUCAACUGGCACGCGACCUAACGAGCAUCCACGUAGCGGCUGGUUUCAUCGCUGACCUAAUUCGGCAGGCGACGCACGCACUGAAAGUGGAGACGACGAUUGUGCCGCAACAGAGUGGCUGUAGUGCUGACCUCCAUCGCAUUGCCUCGCGACUCCUCGUAGACUUCCUGGAGGCACAGGAACGCUGGUCCGACUUCUCCCCCGCCUCCGCUUCCUCGUCCCUCUUUACCUCAGGCCUUGUGAUUGAUAGUGCUCCGCUAGUCAACACCUCUGUCAACGCAGAUGUCGAACUGCGUCUUGUGGAGUGCUUCUUCGCUGCUCAGAGCAUCGGCACACGACUACAGUCACAUCUUCGUGACCUCAUUCAAAGCCUGUUAGAGAUAUUCGCUCCUCGUGGCCUAAAUCCGGAUCCACCGGGUAGUGACCGCACAUCCAACUCGCCAGCAUCGCCUCUGCUGUCGAGUCGUGAGGUGUUUCAGCCUCUGUCGGUGAGCGAGUUGCUGACAACAGGGAACGUGACGGUGUGCCGGCGCGUGCAGAGUGUCUACCGAGCGCGGACCACCCUGCUGGGUGAACGCGCCUCCGCGGUGGUCGCACUCAUCGACCGCCUUAACGCCCGACUGCACACGCUCACUGCGGAGAACCGCGAGACGCGCGCCCAUUUCUCACUCUCACAGUCGGCAAGACACAACGCGCCAUACCCGGUGGCGAGAUAUGUGUCCGCGUCAAUUUCAGUGAAAGAACAGGAACGAUCAACUUCUUGCUUCACCCUCUAUUCGCGUCCAUUCAAUCGCUUCGAUCAUCUAAUCGGAAUCUUGUCAAGCACAGUAAGCUUAUGGCUCACCCUCAUUUUGGUGAUUGAACUGCAUCGUAAGAAUUUUCGUGAACGAAGAACACAACUGCUUCGGCUGCAUCAUCUACCGCUAAAUGUCGGUGCUGCUACUGCAGCCACAUCGGCCACCAGCGUCCAUGAGAAUAACGCCAAUCCGCUUUCCACAGAGAUCUACGACCACUGCAACCUUGUGGAGUCGCAAUCGAUCCCACCGAAACUGAUCCAAAUAAAGGAAGGAGAUCCACCGGAAAUGUGGUUGACGGUGCCAACGUCGAUGUUGGAGAUGACGACCCACUUGCUUCCAACACAUAGGAUGCCACCGACCAUUCUUUACAAGCGCCAGACCUCGCAGAAGCCCUCGAAGACAACGCGCAGCCAUGUGGAGCUACUUGAACCUUCUGCCUCCGCCUCCUCCUCCACACAGACUGUCAUUUUGGACAACCUUCAGAAUAGAUUUUGA